UACAUUUGUUUACCAAAAAGUAAAACAGUGGUUGAUCGUUGAUAACAAAUUUGUCAAAGAAAGAUUGUUAUGCAUUUUAAUUAUUAAUACAAGUUCUAUAAAUAUAACGUUAUCAGUGGUUAAAAAUAUAAAAAAAAACAAUAUCCACGGUAUAAAUCCGGCGCGGUGUUAACCUACUGAGGGAAGAAUAACCUUCCUAAAGUUGAUGUCAUCACCUAGAAAUAGAUGAUUAUUAUAACAUAUAAAAUUGUUAAAUUUGCGUUGAUUUGCUUUUAUUUGUUAGUAAAACCUGCAGUUACUAACAUGAUCGUCUAGGCGCACCAAUAUUUAUAACUUACUACAGUAAAUUUGCCUUAGCAGGAUGGUUUUCGAGAGUGUUAUUUCUCAAAUCCUAAAUAAGGUUUUAGGUGAAUUUGUUGAAAACUUGGACGGCAAUCAGUUGAAUAUUGGAAUAUGGGGAGGGGAUGUAAACCUUAAAGAUUUAGUGCUAAAAGCUUCAGCCUUGGAAACUUUAGAUUUGCCCAUUCAAACUGUUUAUGGAAAAAUAGGUAAUUUGGUGCUGAAGGUGCCAUGGACUUCGAUCUAUACAAAACCUACAAUUAUUAUGGUAGAAGAUGUCUACCUUUUAGCAGAACCCAACCAACAAGUAGCCUAUGAUCCUGUUAAGGGAGAAAAAAGGUUAUUGGAAUCAAAAAAGAAGGAAAUAGAGAAAAUUGAAAAUGCAAAAAAGGCGGAAAAAGAGAAAGAUCUUACUCCAGAAGAUCCAACUUUGGUCCAGAAGAUUAUCCAACAAGUUAUUAAAAAUGCCCAGGUUUAUAUAAAAAAUAUUCAUAUAAGAUAUGAAGAUAAAGUAACACAACCAGGCAAACCUUUCGCCAUAGGAGUGACUCUUGCUGAAUUAGUGAUUGAAAGUACUGAUUCUGAUUGGAAAAAAGCUAUUGUUGAAGAAGUUUCUAAAAUAUAUAAGGUUGUGCAACUUGAGGGCUUAGCUGUCUACUGGAACUGCAAUUCUAAGCUCUAUGCUGGAAAGACACCAUCUCAACUUGUUGAUGUAAUGAAAAAAGAUAUCGCUAAUAAAAAGCACCACCCUGCUGGCUAUAGAUAUAUUCUGGGUCCAAUUACUGCUGGAGCCAGACUCAGAAUGAAUCCUAAUCCUAUGGCUGAUGCAAAACCCUAUAGUAUCCCAGUUUAUCAUCUUAAUUUAGAUAUGGGAAAUCUUUUUAUUGGAAUCAGUAAAGCACAGUAUAGAGAUAUCAUAGCUUUGGCUGACUCUAUGGAUCGAAUGGCUAAAGGCGAACCAUACAGAAAAUUUCGUCCAAACUUAACAACUUAUAAAGGUCACUAUAAAGAGUGGUGGCACUUUGCAUAUAAAUGUGUAGUGGAAGGUGAAGUAAAAAGAAGGAGAAGAAACUGGGAUUGGAAUCAUAUGGUCCAACAUAAAUUAACAAAGACAGAAUAUAGAAGGCUUUUAUCAAAGAAUUUUUCCAAUACUUGUACGGCAGAAGAGAGGUGCCAAAUAGAGGAAUGUGAAAAAAAAUUGGACCUUAUAAGCAUAGUGAUUAUUAGGCAACGUGUGGAACUUGAAUGGGAACGAGAAAUUCAACUGAAGAAAAGUGAAAGCAAAGGAUGGUUUUCUGGAUGGUGGGGGUCUUCAAAGACGCAAAUAGAUGCUACAGAUAAUGCAAGAAACUUAUUAAAGCAGUUUGAAAAGGAAAUGACACCUGAAGAAAAAUCUAGGCUAUACAAGGCUAUAGAUUACCAAGAAAAUGCAUCUCCUACAGUGUUUCCUGAAGAAUUUGUGGACAAAUCUUUAAGCUUCCUGCUAAGAUCUCUUGAACUUGAAUUAAGAGAUGACAAGCAGAAGGCUAAAGUAAUAUUUACUUCAUUGAAAGGUGUCAAGGCAAAGCUGGAAACUAGAGCAUCUGCAAGCUCUUUAAAAGUACAUGUGGCAAUCGAUAAUUUGAAAAUGGAUGGUUUAGUACAAGAUGACUUUCAUCCGACACUAAUCAUACCGGAGGAAAAAGAGAUCAAAGGUGUUAAAAGCCUAUUAGAUGUUACGUUUGAGACAAAUCCUCUUGACAAAAAAUGUGACCAAAGAAUACAUUUGGUGGCAAAACCUCUUAAAAUAGUCUAUGAUGCAGUAACAAUCAAUAAAGUCCUCGAUAUUUUCAAAAUACCACCUGAUUCAUCACUUGACCAAAUUCAAGCAGCAGCAUCUUCAAAACUGACAGAUGUCAAACAAAUGACAUCUACUGGUCUACAGUAUGCUAUAGAGCAACAUACCCGUUUAGAUGUAGACUUAAUUUUACAUGCCCCAUACAUCAUUAUUCCUUAUAACGGGAAAUAUGAGGAAUUUGGGAAUGUUCUGGUUAUUGAUUUGGGUCAGAUUAAGAUUCAUUCAUCAGGUGAAAGAUCUUCUGUUAUGGAUGUUAGACGAUUGUAUCAAGAAGGGCUAGCGCAGGAAGAGAUAUUUGAGAAAAUGAAAAGCUUCAGUUAUGAUCAUUUUGCUAUGGAACUUACCGAUUUACAAAUAUUGGUAGCCCAGGGAGAAGAAAAUUGGAAGCAGUAUAUUGUGAAUUCGGCUAGUACCGAAAUGCACUUGCUAAAUCCCUUGAGUUUGAAUAUUCAAUAUUCUAAAUGUCUGAUUACCGAUGAUCCUCGGUUGCCGCACCAGAUUAUAAAGUGUGAACUUCCCUCCGUAGCCAUGUCUGUUUCGGAUGCCAGGCUUACUUUAGCUAUGGCACUUGUUUUCAGCAUCCCUCUUCCUGAAUCCGAUUCUUUGCCACAACCCGAACUGAAGAGAAGAACAUUUUCUGGCUCCACAUCAAGUCUCCUAGCAUGGCAGGGUCCAAGAGGUUCCCUACCUAUUAAAUCACCACCUAUAAAAGAAAGUGCGCAAGCCAUUGACAAUGUACAAUUUAAACUUAUGGAGGUAUCAAUACGCCUAUCAGAAAUAUGUUUCACGAUAAACCAGCAAGAACUAGUAACCUCGGCCAUCAAUGAACUAGCAAAAUUCAAAGUGACGCAAAUAGAAGCGCAACUUUUACAAAGUACUUAUGAAACCAACAUGAAUUUACUGUUGGGAAGCGUCAAUUUGACUCAAAAUCGAAACGCCAAUGUUAUCGAUAUUAUCAGUACACCAAUUCCUGUGGACUCCGAUCAUUGUUUGAUUAAAGUGAAUUUUACUCAGGUGGACCCGAAAUCACCAGAUCUUCAUGCAACACAUCAUUCAUGUGAAUCAAGUUUGGGUGUAGAUUUUAGCGUUCUGAAUAUUACACUGCACCAGGAAGGACUGCUUUCACUUAUGGCUUUUUCACAGUCGGUGAUGGAUACUCUUAAUGAAAUAAUGAGUACUAAGCGUCGGCAAGAUAGCAUACAAAGCGCCGGAGAUACCAGAGGUCACAAGUACACAAGGAAUAUGUCAAUUAUUAGCGAGACAAGUGAAUUUUUGGAAAAGGGAUCUAAAAAAAUUAUUCCUAAAAAAAAGAGAAACAUUGUAGUAGAAACUAUUAAGUUUAAGCUUACUGCACAAUUGCAAGAAGUUAUGGUGAAAAUUUGCACUGAUAACCUAAAUAUUUCGUCGUUUGCUGUACGAGGCCUGAACACCGAUAUUUUUGUGAAAGAAUCAUAUACUCAAAUGGUAGUCAAACUUUCCGAGUUGGUUAUUUUAGAUUUAAAUCCUGAGACUAAACAUAAUUUGAUACUUACAACUGAAGAUGAAAACGCACUGAGUGCACAAGUGGUGCUUAACAAUUUGGAAGUUGACUCUAAAAAGCCAGAUAUUGAUGUAAAUGUUAAGAUGGGCGGAACCAAAAUUGUUUUCGUCAACUGGUUUGUGACUAAUUUGUUGAACUUCCUUAACCAGUUUCAAGCCGCCCAACAGGCGAUUCUAGAGGCUUCAGAGGCAGCCGCUCAAAAAGCCAAAGAGAACGCCAAAGAAAUGUACCAAAAAGCCACAAAAAUCUCCUUAAAUAUCAGACUUAGGGCACCAAAAAUUUUGGUUCCGGUUAGCAGUCAGAAAAUGGACGCUUUACUUCUCGAUCUUGGUGUUAUUUCCAUUAGUAAUAAAUUUUUAGUUAUGGAUACUAAGAAUGAAGAUGGUUAUCCGGCGGUAGUAGAUGAUAUGAAAGUCGCACUAACAGAUUUUAAACAGUCGAAAGUGACCCUCGAUCCUAAAGAAAAUAUUCUACAGGAAUGGAGUCUGCUUGAACCAAUCAACUUUGAGCUAAGAAUUAAAAGAAACUUAUCGUCAACAUGGUAUAAAGCGGUACCGGAUAUUGAUAUAAGUGGCAGAAUAAAGCUGAUUGAUUUGCAUAUAUCUCAAGCCGAUUAUUGCCUAAUUAUGUCUGUUUUAAGUGAGAAUUUGCAGGAAGGAAAGAGUAAUGAGGUGGUUGUUUCUGCUACUGCGCCCGAACCACAGCUAUCAGCGACAUCGAUGCUCUCUCGAACGACGGAAUCGACAAUAGAAGAUGAAUCAGCAACAAAUCUUGUAGAGGCCACCACUGAUCCAGUCACGGUAUUCCUUAAGUUUACCUUCACUAUGGAGGAACUUCUAUUGAACUUGUACAGUAAAGGUUUUAAAAAUAACGAAAAAUCUACCCCUAGCAAAAAAGCUGAUAAUCAUUUGGCCCGAUUUUCACUAAAGGGUUUAUCUGUGAAAGGGCGACUAUUAUCGGAUCAGUCGAUAGUCGCGUCUGUUUUGUUGGUAAACUGUUUGCUGGAUGAUAUGAGAAAAGGCCGUGAAGAUAAACUCAAUCGACUUAUUGAAAGGACAGGAAUUGACGACUCCGUGUCGGUAGCUUCCUCUGACUCUGGCAGUGCUCACCGAGGCAUGAUUGAUGUUACAUACCAACAAACGCAAAACGAUAUGUUUGCCGAUGUUAGAAUUUUCAGUUUCACCUUGAUCUUAUCAGUGGAGUACCUCAUGAAAAUCGCCGAGUUUUUCACUAAUCCCGAUGAUGUAUCUCAGGCUCCGGUUACUAGAAGAAAUGCCCAGAAAAGCUCAACAUCUUUAGGUAAUAAGCCAAGCAAAAUAAGCCAAGUAUCGUCAUCAGGGCCACCAACCUCAGUUCAAAUGACACUCAAUUUAAAAGUAGAAAAACCCGAUAUCGUCUUGGUUGAGCAUAUGGAUAGCAUUGAUUCCAAAGCAAUGAUACUUAAUAGCGAAAUUUUGGUAAAAUUCCGAAUGAACGGAGAUCAUCAAGUUGUUAAUGGUUUGAUUAAGGAUUUGCAGUUGUAUACUUGUAAUUACAAUCCCGCUACACGGGCAGAAACAAGGGGAAACGUUCUUCAUCCUGUUACAAUCAGUUUGGCAGGCAGUACACCAGAAGGCAAAGGUCUUCAUUUAGAAUUAGUUGUCGAAGAGGUUCUUUUGCGCGUAUCGCCCGCAACAAUAGAAUUAUUAAACAGUGUACUGGUUACUAUGUCCCAGAAUCCUACGGUAACAGAAGGGGAAGAAGAGGAACAGUUUAUCUUUGAGGCGUUGUGGAACCAGAAACCAUUCCGGGAUAAUGAGUUCUGGUUCUUGAAGAGCGAAGAAGCUGCUGAGGUACGAGAAGAUGACGUGCUCGAUGACGUCGUACCAUCCAAGCCGGUCUUACAAGAACUUUGCAUCAUUUCGAUGCCUUCCAUCGUCAUUACCGUGGAAGCCGGCGUUGCUAAUAAAACUCUGCCAUUUUUAUUGUUUGAAACUUCUCUGAAAGGAAGUGCUAGGAAUUGGAGCUCUCAGUUAGGAGUCGAGGCCACAGUAACACUUUUAAUGGGUUACUAUAACAGCAGACUUGCAUUAUGGGAGCCUCUAAUAGAACCAGUAGAAAAUCGAAGAGGCGAUAAACUCUCAUUCGAACCAUGGGAACUACGAUUAGAGAUGUCCAUGAAUGAGCCUGAUGAUUCUUUAAAUUUAACUAGUCCUAUUACUGAAAGAGGCGAAGAGCCCGAUACUACUUCUAAUCCACCAGUAAUGAGCAUCGACGUCAUUUCUGAUAAAACUUUGGAACUCACAGUUACGAAAACUUGCUUGGAAGUACUUACGAAUCUAGGAAAAGCUUUUGCUUCUGCUAUCAAACAAGAAGAUGUUAGUACAUCUAUUUUAGCUCCUUACAGAGUUCUAAAUGAAAUAGGAGAAGACAUAACGCUCCUUUUGGAAGAGAGUUCAUUUAAAAUUGCAGAAGGGGGUUCACUGGAAGAUAUUAACAAAUUCGCAGCCGUACCAUUAGUUCUGAAAAACCCUCCCUCUUCGGCGAUUCAAUUGGGCAAAGAGCUGAAUAGGCACGAACAAGAAUCAAAUUACUUCCUGCAGGUCAAAGUUAACAAAACAAACUGCGUACUUAAUUUGCCGGUUAUAAGGGCUGACAAGCGUUUCUUUAUGUUAAAUUAUGCUAAAGAUAAUAAUAACUGGGGCCUUAUCUCUGACGUCAAGGUCGAUAAUGGAGUAACGACUAUUACUUUGAGAAGUACUUUACAAGUUUACAAUCACUUCUCAGUGCCAAUUGACGUGUAUUACAUGACCAAACGAGGCAACGAAUUAGAGUUAGUAGGUUCCGUAGCGCCAAACGGAACUUUAAAUUUACCACUUAAGUCAGUUUAUACUCCCACAAGUGAACUAUUCUUCGGCGUUGCUGGUUAUAGUGUGACGACUGGUCCGUACAUUUGGAAAGAACUGCAAACUGAUAUGAGUAUUGUGAAAAUUUUACAAUGUCCAAUAGCAGUUUCUGCCGAAAAUACCGGUACAAGUCCGUUUUUGAUAAAAGCUAUUGGUGAAAUGGAACAGGUUUAUUAUGAAAACACCUCCCGUCAUACAAUGGCCAGCACUUGUUACAAUAUUCAUUUAAGACCUGCUGCAAUAUUUAAGAACUUCUUGCCUCUGAAAACUAUUGUUUGUGUUGAUGAAUUAGCCGAAGAAAUUGAGGUUGAGGCCGGAGGUACUUUGCAGCUGCCUAAUGUAAACCCUGGAAAAAGUGUUCUUGUAAUACGGCUGCCCGAAUACCUAGAGAAAGAGUGGUCCUGUCGCAAGGAAACCGAACAAGAACCCGGAGAAUUUGAAGUUUGGACUUUCCACAGUUACGAUAGCCCUGCCAAGAUGUCGCUCGAUUUGGGAGUUCAUACUAUCAAUAAGGAUGGGUCAUUUAUCUAUUCGCUUUAUUGUCCGUUUUGGAUGUUAAAUAAGACAGGAUUAAUGAUUGGAUAUAGAAAAUCAAGGAAAACUGAAAGAAAUGAAGCUAUUGGAAGCCCAACGAAGGCUUCAGAUGAAAACCUGAACGUGCUUCACCAUCCAGCUAAUUUCAAAGGUCCAAUACUCUUUUCAUUUAACGCCAGAAACUUCUUCGGAAAGAAAAAAGCAUCGAUAAGGGUCGAAUCUGGCGACUGGUCUAAUAAAUUUUCUCUAGAUGUUGCUGGAUCAUCGGGUGUUGUCCAAUGUAAAGCCAAUGACAGGGUUUAUCAAAUUGGUGUACACAAUCAGCUAACUUACAACAACCUGACUAAACAAGUCACAUUUACCCCUUAUUAUGUUAUAAUAAAUGAUGCUCCAUAUGCUAUAGAAUGUCAAGAAAGUGAUAGGCCAGCUGACCAUUGGAUUCAAAUUGAACCAAAAUCUUGUACAGCAUUGUGGCCAAAGAGCGAGUUAGAGGACAAACUUCUAAAGUUACGAAUUUGUGGAACAGACGAAAUCAGUGCUCCUUUCCUCUACACUGAAAGUCAUACUACUCUACUUAAACUAAACAACAAAUACGGUGGUGUAAACGUUGAUAUACAAUUAAAUGAAGGAGCUGUAUAUAUUAGUCUGGCACCAUAUACUAUUGGAUGUGCUCCUGCUUUAAUAAUUAACCACACGUCACAUACUUUUAAUUUUUGGGAAAAAGAAUCGGUCCAAAUUAGAACCCUACAACCAAAAACAAAAGUUUUAUAUACGUGGGAGAACCCAUCUGGUCCCAGAUUACUAGUAUGGGAAAAAGGACAUAAAAUCGAAAUCGAAAACGAUCUUAGAAAAGAUGCUUGCGGUAACUUCCACCUUUCUGAACAAUGUGAAGUCUAUUGGUCUUCUUUCUUGGAUGGAAUGCAGCGAGUUCUGCUGUUCACCCAAUCGAAGGUACUAGCACAAGAUGCCCUUAAUCUUUUUGAAAUCAUACAACAGGAAAUCACGUUAUCUCUGCACGGUUUCGGGUUGUCUUUAGUGAACAACAUGAAUAGGCAGGAAGUUAUGUAUAUUGGAAUCGCGAGUAGUGGGGUUAUUUGGGAAAUGUGCAAAUUGAAUAGAAAGAGAUAUAAGCCACUAGAUUUAAAAGAAUCUGUUCAUAUAGAACGUGCAUACCAACAAUUUUUAAGCAGACAAAAUAGUUCUGAUUCUUCGAGCUCUGUUAUUGGACCAAUUCUUGUAGAUAAUAAAAUUGAGGUCGAUUUUGAAGCGCUGCAAAUGUAUAAGCCAAGAAAGCGGAAAAUAAGACGAACAUUCCAGACUGGCGUUUGGCUAAACAUGAAAACCAGCCCCAGCCAAAUGCAGUUACAUGCAAAAAUAAACCGAGUACAAAUAGACAAUCAGAUGUUCGAUUGUAUUUUCCCUGUAGUAUUAGCUCCUGUUCCACCACCUAAAAGUGUUGCGGCAGAUAGCGGGAUCAAACCAUUCAUAGAACUAAGUAUAGUUCAACUCCUAGUCAAGAACAGUCAAAUUAGGCAGUUCAAAUAUUUCAGCGUUCUGGUUCAAGAAUUUCACAUAAAGGUCGACAUGGGAUUCAUAAAUGCUGUGGUGGAUAUGAUGCAAGAGAGCGAAAACUCUGACGAGGAAGAUAGACUACUCUUCGUAAAAGAUAUGCAAUUAGUGGAUGAAGCCUUAUACUCGCACGCGGCAGGCCAAGCGAUGCAAGAGCAGAAAAGUUUUUACGAUUUGUUACACUUAUCUCCACUCAAGAUACACAUCUCAUUUUCUUUAGCCGCCGGUACAUCUUCAGGUCAGAGCGCUUCAACGCCGAACUUCCUCAAUGUUCUUUUACAAGGCGUUGGUGUAACUUUGACUGACUUACAAGAUGUUGUUUUUAAAUUAGCUCCAUUUAAACGUGAAUAUAUCUUUUUAACUCAAAAACAGCUUGUAAGUGAAACUAGUGGGCAUUACGUGGGUCAGUUGGUCAAACAACUUUACGUGUUGGUACUCGGACUAGAUGUGAUAGGAAAUCCUUAUGGACUGGUAGUUGGAAUUAGCAAAGGCGUAGAAGAUUUGUUUUAUGAACCAUUUCAAGGUGCUAUUCAAGGGCCUAGUGAGUUUGCUGAAGGUUUAGCGUUAGGGGUCCGAAGUUUAGUAGGACACACAGUAGGUGGUGUAAUGGGGGCUGCGACGAGGAUAACCGGAGCUAUGGGUAAAGGAAUUGCUGCUUUAACUUUUGAUGAGGACUUCCAAAGAAAAAGACGAGAUCAGAUGAAUAAAAAACCGACUACCGCCCAAGAAGGAAUCGCUAGAAGUGGAAAAGGAUUAGUUAUGGGCGUUGUAGAUGGGUUUACCGGCGUGUUUACAAAACCCGUUACUGGCGCAAAGGAACAAGGAGUAGAAGGUUUCUUCAAAGGUUUAGGCAAGGGUGCCGUAGGUUUGGUCACACGGCCUGCUGCUGGAUUAGUCGACUUUGCCAGUGGAUCACUAGAUGUUGUCAAAAGAGCUACUGAAGUAUCAGAUAAUGAUACAGCGAGAUUAAGGCCACCACGGUUUUUGCAGGCCGAUGGACUUGUUAGACCGUAUAACUCUAUGGAGGCCGAAGGAAAUAAACUUCUAGUCGAGCUAAAUAAAGGAAAAUACGCGACGACUGAUGUUUAUGUUUACCAUAGAGUCAUUAUAGAGAAAAGAGAUAUUUUGUUGCUUACUGACAAACGGAUGGCCUAUAUUACGCAUAACGAUAUAUUUGGGGGAUGGCAGAUCGAAUGGUCCUAUACCUGGCAAGAACUUGUAAAUCCAGCAAAGGUAGUCCCGAAGGGCGUCUUAAUAACAACAAACGACAAAAAGAAAAAACUAUUCGGGUCCAAUGACAACACGAAAAUCGUCCUUAUUGGCGAUCCUGCUGUGAAAGAAGAACUGUGCGCCAAAAUCGAGGAACUAAGGAGCACAUAGCGAUAAAACAUGUUUUUUUAAUGAACUGAUGAAUUGAAAAUUUUACACUUAAGUACCAAGAGCUGCUUUCAAUAUUUAAACUGCUGCUAGGUGAAGAGUAAGGAAUAUAUGAUGUGCCUCAUUAAGAAAACAGAUACUAUCUAUAUAUUAUGUUGACAUAUAAAAAAAAAAUUAAUUAUCAGUUAUUAAUAUUAAUAAUCCCUUUAAAAGUCGCACAUUUUUUCAGUGAGGUAGUAGAUGUUUUUGAUUGGUUGAGUUUCAAUGUAAUUUUUUCUAUUAAGUCUGUGUCUUCUUAAUAGAGCAGACAUCUCUUUAAAUCUAAUAUUUACCCACUAGUCAAUGUUCGAAAAAUUUUGUUACUAAGGCUUAUACUAAAAUUAACCAAAAAAAAUUUUUAUUUUUUGAACUGCUUUUCCUUAUUUUUUGAUUUUUAUAUUAGCACAAUUUUGUUUACUUUUUAUUAUAAAUAAAGGAUUUUUGUUGGUG